AUGAUGUCAAUGUACGUAAACGGUGUGAGCAGUGCGUGCGGCACGAUCGUGAACACCGCAGCAGCGUCCAUUACAGCAAGGUUUAACAUCUUUGCCAAUCGCUAUGAGCACGUCUCGUGCACCGCAUGUACAUGCGGCGACCUGAUCGAAUGGAGCCGUGAGCUAACCCUUGCAGCCCAUCCCGGUGACGUUGGACUUGUGGGUCAGGUCGGGCCGCUCAUGUGGGUGGACCCAGCUAUUCUUGUGAGAGCCGCUCAGCGUGAACAGAUGGCAAAUCAAUGUACAGUCGGUCAAUUGGUUAACGAUGUUUGGGGCGAGCACACAGCCGUGGAAAAGAUGUACUCCCGGUGCUUGAAAGCGAAAGUUACACACCACGUUCGUAUGUUGUCAAUAACCUUACGACCUGCAGUACACUUGGUUUCAGCUUCGAUUGUGAGCAUCGCACUCGGAAUGGGAGGGAACAGUGCAGCCAUGGCGCCGUAUGGGAGAGCAAAGCCAUCAAUCUCACCAGCAAGUAUGCUGGCCACUGCGGCAAUCAGCGCCGCUCUUGUUGAGCGACAAGCAGUACCCGGUCGAUAUCGGAUACUUACACGGCUUGGGGAUAGGAACCUCAGUGACAAUAGCAGACCUGCCGCUGGGUUGCAGCUACCGACUGACUGCGAAGCGUAUCUCGAAGUGACUGAAGUGGCCAGUCAAGCCGCGUAUCGAUCAUCUUUCUGUGUAAACUUGGACAAGGCCGACCCCGGUAGCGAUGCUGGUGCCAGCAAUACACCCGCUUGA